CAACAACGAAAGCAAUACCUUAAAUUCUGUGGAAAGAAAUAUAUUUUUGGCAAGCAAACAAACGCAAGAUAGUAUGUACAUAGUUAUAUAAGACACUGUAAAUGUUAUAGGAAAACGCAGCCAAGUGCUUCAGUGCUAUCGAUGAUGUCCGCUCGCCGGCACACCGACACCUCAGCGCUACUCUCAAGGCAACUCAAGUCAAACUGAAGCAUUUUACUGCAGCGACGCGGACGCAGACGCUGACGUCGAUGUCAAAGAAGGUUGUGCUACAUAUUAAAUACAUAAUAAAAAUAAUCAUACAGCAUAAAGAUAAGCACCAAAAAAAAAAAAACAAGAACGUAUAUACUUGUAUAGGCAACUCAUAGAAAACUGGCAACUGGCGACAGGCAACAAUGUCCGUGGAUUUUAUCCUGCCAAAUCGCAACAAGAUACAAACGAUUGCCUAUGCGAGCAAGAAAUAUGCGCCCAGCACCGACUUGCAAAGCUGGCGGCGCCCAAAGGCCAGGAAUAAUCAACAGACGCUGCGGAAAUUAAAACCGCCCAGUGCCGAGAGCAAGUCCGUGCUUAAGAAUGCCAACGGCAAUGGCAGUAAAUCCAGAACCGGCACUAAGGAGACCAAACGGUCUGCCAGGUCUGUAGUGAAGCGCGAGAUAAUUGUGCUCGAAGACGAGGACGAUGAUGAUGAUGACGAAGCUGAUGAUGAUGACGAUGAGCUGUGCGAGCACUUGGAGUGGUCCGCGGCCCAGUCAUUGGUGCAAAUGAACUCCAAACAGGAGAAACAGCGACGUAUUGGCCGUCUGCUGUUGGACAAUGUCGACCAUUUAGCAUCAGCACCGGCACCAGCAACAACAAUAACACCAGCACCAGUAUCAAUGCGCCGUCCACUUGCCGUUGGCCGUGCGCCCACAGAAGACGGUAAGGUAAUCUUCUACGCACCGCCCGCAAAUGGCAGCGCCAAGCAACCGGAACCUGUUGCCAUCAAGCGGGAGCAACAAGUGCCGGCGACAUUAUCGCCAUCUACAUCGACUACCUCGCCACCAAUGUCGAUUUAUCGCGGCCGCAGCGUCGAGGAGACAGAGGCAGCUCACGAUCUGCUAUCGCUCUCUCAGAGCUUGCCUCCGCUCAUACCUCCUUGCGUGGUCACCAUCAUGAAGACAGAGAUGGCACAUAGGUCGGCUGGGGCCGAGCACUUGCCCAUCAUGCAGGAGAUAUCGAAUGCUUCCAAUAAUAAGUCUACGAUCCAAUCACAGCCGCAGUCGCCGCCACAAUAUCAGAGCUCGAACAUUCGCUUCAUCGGCAGCAGUUCCUACGACAUGAUGCAGAGUGCGCCGGAGUCCUCCAACACCUGUUCGCCGCUCACACCGCCCAACUCGGACCACUCUUCGGACGUGGAUAUUGACAUGUCCUCGUCCUCCGAAUCCGGCCAAUUGCCUUGGACCAGCAAGCAUCACCAGCCGCAGCAACGCGCCUCUGCGCUCAAGCUGUGCCUCAACAUGCUCGACGGACGCACAAAGGCCAGCAAGGCGGCCGCUGGCAAGGAGCAGCAGCGUCAAAAGAACAGCAACAUUGGAAGCACAGCCUCAGGCAAUGUCAGUAGUGGCAGUACUGGCGCCGAUGGCUCCAGUGGAGAAAAUUAUGCCAAGCGCAAGCGGGGCUGCUAUAAGUGCUCGGAGUGUGGAAAGCAAUAUGCCACAUCCAGCAACCUGUCGCGCCACAAACAGACACACCGUUCUCUGGACUCGCAGUCGGCAAAAAAGUGCAACACCUGCGGAAAGGCGUACGUGAGCAUGCCGGCUCUGGCGAUGCAUCUUCUAACGCACAAACUCUCGCACAGCUGCGACAUAUGCGGCAAGCUCUUCUCUCGUCCCUGGCUGCUACAAGGUCACUUGCGAUCGCACACCGGCGAGAAGCCAUACGCAUGUUCUCACUGCGGCAAGGCGUUUGCCGAUCGCUCCAAUCUGCGUGCCCACAUGCAGACCCACUCGGGCGACAAGAACUUUAAGUGCCAUCAUUGUAACAAGACCUUUGCCCUCAAAUCCUAUUUGAACAAGCACUUGGAGUCGGCUUGUCUACGGGAUGUGGGCGCGAUAAUAACGGGCAAGAGUGGCGAGGACGGACACGAGGACGAUGAGGACGAUCUUAAGAACGAUGGGCUGGACAGCAGUGAUGAGAACAGUCAGGAUAUAGUGGUAGCUUAAAUGUCUUAUGUCCCUAGCCCAUUCAAAACAACAUAUAACCUAAAGCAAUACUCAAGCACCCUUAUCGGAUUAUAAAUCAGUCAAAUAGCCGCUUAUAGUUCUGAGCAUGAACUGGAAGUGCAAGUCGAUGAAUUAUUGGCAACAUCAAUCUUAUCUAAUUAGUAUGACUAGUUUUAAAAAUAUUUUCGAACCUUUUCUGGGUUGGGCACAAGGGCGGUAAGAUAAGAAGAAGAAAGAAAAGUAGAAAAGAAGAAAGCAACAACAACACUUUGGAAAAUGAAACAUUUUUAUUAAAUGAUUGACAAAAACAAAAGGUUUAUAAAAUCCAAAACGUAACUUAUAGUAAAAAUCUGACACAACGAAUAUUAUGGAACAUAAGUAGAAAUUCUAUAU